ACGUCAUGUGUCAUUGAUUGUCGCGAACAUAUUUGAUAUUAUUCAUUUUCGUUAUUGCUGACACUCUAAAGUUUGAUCCAUGAUCUCAUAAAAAUAUACGAAUCAUCAGCAAGGCAGCGUGAGAGCGAUAGUGAGAGCGAGAGCGAGAAAUAAAGUGAGAACGAGAUCGAGUGAGCUCUAGUCAAAACGAACACAAAAAAAAAAAAAAAGAAAAGAAAACAAGUUUCUUUCUGUGUUAGCACUGCGCAAGUGGAUUUGUAUUGCUCCACACAGGAAUUUGAAGCAUUUGUGGAUAUAGCAACAGAAUGGCAUCCACAUCGGGUUACAAAGUAUUUGCCUAUGCCCUGCACAUACUUUGUACGCUGCUGGCACUGGUGCUGAUAUCUUUUGGCAUCUAUAUCCUGGUAUCCUACGAUACAAACGAAGUUGGCUGCUGGACAGCCUACGCAUAUAUCGGCAUUGGCGCUGCGGCCAUAAUUAUAUUUUUGUGGGGCUAUCUGUCUGCCUGGCGGGAGCAUGUUUGCUGUACAGUGACUUUCAUUACCGUAUUGUGUGUGGUUAUUAUUAUUCAACUGGCUGUCUUGUUUGUGCUAACGAAAGGCGAAAAUACAGCUGCAUCCAAUUUGGCCAACUCAUUGGAAACGACCUGGGAGGAGGAGCUCAAUAGUCCUGGUGCAAUGUCAUUAUACGAGAACUGGUUCCAGUGCUGUGGUCGCGGUAGUCCUCAGGAUUAUAUCGUGAAUGAACGCCUGCCGCCGGCAACAUGCUUCCGAGAUCACGAUAAAAGUAAAUCGGAAAAUUUGAUUCACAGAGGCUGUCGCAUAGAAUUCGAAAACUAUUGGCGGCACCUCUUGAGCAUAUUCAACAUAAUGGGCUGGCUACUGGUCGCCGUUGAGCUGAUCCUUAGUUUUGUAUCCUGUGGACUGUGCAACAGUAUUCGCAAUGAUCAUCGACGUUCGUACUACUAAGAAGUUUUGACCGUCCAAUGGGAAAUUUGCAUUUGUUGAGAUUACUCUUGCUUCAAUUAAAAAUAUUAUAUGGCGAUU